AUGGCCACCAAUGGAGCUCAGCAAUCGGCUCAGCAUCGCUUUGACCCCAAGUUCACUCAGAUGGUCAUCGAUGCAACAGGACCCAAGGCUUCACCGAGAAUGCGAGAAGUCACAAGCUGCCUGAUCAAGCAUCUUCACGACUUCGCAAGGGAAAUCGAGCUGACUGUCGACGAGUGGUCAGAGGGUGUAGCUCUCAUCAACUGGGCAGGACAGAUGAGCACUGACAGAAGAAAUGAAGGUCAGCUUGUUUGCGACGUGCUCGGUCUUGAAUCGUUGGUUGAUGAAAUCACCUACAAAAAAGCUGCUGAGGCGGCAGACUUUGCUACCCAGUCAGCGAUUCUCGGACCAUUCUUCAGACACGACCACCCGUUUCGAAAUAAGGGCGACACUAUCACCUUCGAUACACCGGAAGAUGCACAAGUCACGUAUAUGCAUGGUGUGGUAAGAGAUGCGAAGACGAAAAAGCCACUUGCCGGUGCCACCUUGGACGUCUGGCAAGCCUCCACGAAUGGCUUGUAUGAACAACAAGAUGAGAAACAGGUUGAUCACAACUUGCGUGGCAAAUUCAAGACGGAUGAGAAUGGAGAAUAUGCCUGGUACUGCAUCAGACCAACGCCAUACCCCAUUCCUUUCGAUGGUCCAGCUGGAAAACUUCUCCAGUUACUUGACCGACAUCCAUACCGACCUGCACACAUUCACUUGAUUGUGAUGCAGGAAGGCUUCAAGCCCAUUACAACUCAAAUAUUUGACAAGGACAGUGAUGGUGGCGACCCUUGUCUUCUGUGUCGUCGACGCAAUAGAGAACCAGAAUGUACCUACACGCUGGCCAGGCAGCGCAGAAGUAUUCAACCGCGACCAAGCUUGACCGAAUCCAAUGCCUCAGCAUCCUUACAGCUUGGUCCAGAGUUGGCGGAGGCAUCACCGGACGAUGCUGAAAUCGCAAUCGAGUCUCUGUUGACUUUGUCAGGGAGUAGAAGCGCUCCAAAGACACCCGCUCCCGAGUCUGCUUAUGUACCCUCAACCGUUGCCCAUGCUCCAGUGCCCAAACUAGCCCGACUACUGCGAGAUGGCCAUGGGAAGUUCAUCUUUGUUGGCGACAGCAGUAACUUGGCGUUCUUGCAGAACAUCCGUCGUCUGGCUCGUACAGCAAUAGGCGACUGUGGCUUAACUUCAGAUCCCAUGAGACAUGCCAUGAUCGAAGCUAUACCAAAGGACGUGCACACACCAAAGACCCCUUCGGCUAUUGACCUAAAACCGUCCAAAGCAGAAGCGGAGAACUAUGUCGGUCACUAUGUACUUGCUGCCAGCGGCGUCGUUGACCUCUUCGACAAAUCAGAUAUUUUGCAACAUUUGGCUUCCUGGACAGAGGAGACCGUUACCACGAAUAUCGCCACAGACUCGAUCUUCUACCUUGUUCUCGCGAUUGGCGCUCGAAAUUGCCUGGCUAACAACGAUGAUCUUGCUGAGCAGUACUUCAAUCGAGGACGGGAACUUGCCAUGUCGAGCUUCAUGGAUGACCCUAGCGUACUGACGGUUCAGUCUUAUGUCUUGAUCGCCAUGUAUCUGCUCACGGUUUGUCGAAGAAACGCCGCAUUCAUGUUGCUUGGAAUCGCUGUACGUGCGGCAUAUGCACUGGGUCUGCACAGGAGUGACAUUUCAGCACUUUUCGAGAGUCGUGAACGAAAGACACGAGAACGAGUGUGGAAGAGCCUGCGAGUCCUUGAUCUGUUCCUCAGCACUUCACUUGGAAGACCUCCUGCCACUUCUGAGGUGGAUGGUGGGAAUGUUGCAUGGGAGGGCAAGACACGAGUGUACGACGAUGUGCGGACGAGUAACAUGACUUCGAGUGCCAUGCUGCGAAUCUGCUUCAUCUUUGAGCGUAUCCUCAACGAAGUCUAUUGCAGGAGAGAAGUCGAUGUGCAGCUUGUCAACAGCAUUUCAGCUCAGUACAGGGACUGGAACAUGGCACUGGACAUUGGCCUUGAUAUUGAUGGUCUUGCGGAAGAAGAAAUUGCCAUUCCCAAUAUUGGUCUCCAACAAACUAUUGGUUUAGCCCACCUCAAAGGUGCCUACUACUGGUCUAUCAUCCUGUUGACGCGACCCUUCCUGAUAUUUGACGUCUCUGCCAAAAUCAACAAGAACGACCAUCGUCGAGAGUCGGUAUCACCUCCUACUCCCAAAAACACUAGUACGACAACACUAAGCGAGGCUUGUAUCGAUGCAGCUCUUCACUCGAUUGAAGUAGCAACCGAUAUUGUGCACGAUCCUGGCUGUCCGAAGCGCCCGUUUCUGGUAACCAAUUCUAUCUUUGUUUCGGCGUUGGUUGUUGGGCUGGCAAUGUUUGGAGACUACGACAAGUCUUUCCCUCUGCUCAGCAGUCUUGAGCAGGCCAAGGUCGUGCUGGGAAAGCUUGCGAAGCAUGAUCCUAGUGGUCGCAGAUUCUUUAUGAUUAUAAGCUAUCUGCAAGAAGCGGCGCUUGAGCACAUCCGAAAGCGAGACGAAUUGCAAACUCAGCGCAGACGACGUGGUAUUGAGAGCAUCUUCGGUGACUUGCUCAAUCGCGAGCCGCUGAACCAGCCGACAGAGUCAGAGAAGCGUCCAGUCGAGAUAGCCACCACGGGCGACUCAAGUGCUGUCUCUGCUGACACGCCGGAGCUGCCUCUGAACAGUAAAAUCGAGGACGCGUCAGGUAAGAAAGGGCCUACGCUCACAACUUCUGGUACUCUCCUACCCUCCAAUCGAGAAGAAGUGAUGCAAACAGACCCCAGUGCACCUGAUAUUGGUGGUCUCGGGGACGAUUUUCUUAAAGAGUGGCUGCCUACUGAUCCCGAUAAUUUCAGUUUGCCUUCGUAUGCUGAGGAGUUCCCUCUGUUCAGUCUCAUGAACGACUACACGUUAGGUGAAGGCUAUCUUCGCCUUUCCUAG